UAUUGUAUCAAUUGGGAAUAGCCGAGCUUCCAGUUAAUAUUUAAAGCCAUCACAAUGAAGAAGUCGUCAUAUUUACUGUCGUUGGGAUUUUUCCUAUGUCUCGCAAUUGCAGCCAAAGAAGUAUCUUCCUAUAAGAUCCUUAUGGUUUUUCCAAGUUUUAGUGCCUCACAUCUAAUUGUAGCUUCAGGAUUGCUCAAAGGAUUAGCCAAAAUGGGCCAUGAGGUGACAAUGGUAAGCUCAUUUCCUCAACCAAAACCAUUAAAGAACUAUCGUGAUGUUGUCUUGCCACUAGAAGAUAUUGAUAAAGACUCAAUGAUAUCAGAAUUUGUGAAAUCUGCUGGAAAUCAAUGGGAUCACUUUAUGAAAUUGCCUGAUAUGAUAAAUAAGUUUUACGAGGUGGCAAAUCGAACUAUGUCCAAUCCAGAAUUUAAGAAAAUCAUGCAAGAGGAAUCGUUUGAUUUGUUAAUCUUAGGUCCAAUGGGUAAUCAAUUUUUGUGCGGACUAGCACAUCAUUUCAAAUGCCCAUGGGUUAUAAUGAGCCAAGUUCAACCAAUGCUGAUGACAACCCAACAUGUGGGGAAUCCUGUAAGUGUUGCAUCAACUCCUCAAGCAGCAUUAGGCUAUCGUGCACCUAUGACUUUUACACAACGCUUGCAGAAUUUUUUAGUGACAGGCGUUGAGGUGCUCGUUACUAAAUAUUUCCAAUAUUUAGACAGGACUUACUACGAAUCUAUAUUCUCGAAAUAUAAUUUUCCCAGCUUUGAUGAAACUGCCCGGAAUGUGUCACUUGUACUUGUAAAUCAUCAUUUUAGUCAGGGUCAUCUUCGUGCUAACGUUCCAGCCCUGGUAGAAAUUGGAGGAAUCCAUAUCGAAGACGAAACCGAUCCAUUACCUAAGGAUAUCCAGGAAUUUUUAGACUCCGCUACAGACGGUGCUAUAUUCUUCAGUUUCGGUUCCAAUGUUAAGAGUUCUCUCUUGCCACAGGAAAAGAUAAAUGCAAUUAUUAAAUGUUUUGGGCAAUUGAAGGAAAAGGUGAUUUUUAAAUGGGAAAAUGAUGAUCUUCCCAACAAACCUGAAAAUAUUAUGAUCGGAAAAUGGCUGCCACAGCGAGAUAUUUUAGCCCACAGAAAUAUUAAACUUUUUGUUAGCCAUGGAGGACUGGGUAGCAUUGCUGAAGCAAAGUACCGUGGAGUGCCAUUAAUUGGAGUGCCAUUUUUCGGAGAUCAAAUGGGUAAUGUUGCAGUGGUGGCUGAAGAAGGAUGGGCAUAUCAACUUAAUUUUGAUGAUCUUACUGAAGAGACCUUUUCUAAAGCUCUCACGGAAGUUCUCACAAAUUCAAAAUACGGCGAUAUUGCGCGAAAGAGUGCUCAACUUUACAAAGAUCGUCCUCAAACAGCUCUUGAAACAGCUAACUUCUGGAUUGAAUAUGUUAUCCGACAUAAAGGAGCUCCUCAUAUGCGAUCACAUGCAGUUCACUUAAAUUUCUGGCAAAACAACUCAAUAGAUGUUCUUGCAUUUAUCGUCGUAAUAAUUAUUUUAGUUGUAAAGACUUUAGUGUUGACGACGAAAUUUUUGUGUCGACGAUUAAAGAAAAAAAUAUUCACACAAAAAUAUAAACAAUUUCAUAACCAAGGCCAAAUGAUUCGAAUUAUUGUUCUGUGUACCUUUGUCACACUUUUGGCUACUCAAUGCCAUGGUGCAAAGAUUUUACUAGCUUUUCCUACUCCUAGUCGAUCGCACAUGAUUGGUGUUUCUGCCCUUAUGAAGGGGUUAGCUGCAAGAGGUCAUAGUGUGACAGUAAUGAGUUCUUUUCCACAAGAAAAACCCAUAGAAAACUACAAAGAUGUUGUACUCAAGACUGACAAUGCGAUCCAAAGUGUAAUAACUGAAUUUGCGAAAAAUGCUGGUUCUCAAGCGGGAUUCUUUUCACGCUUCUCUGAUAUUAUCAAUAUGUCUCUUAGAGCAGCUAACAAUAGUUUCCACGAAGAGGCAUGGCAAAAAGUGAUGCGGGAAGAAUCCUUCGAUCUCGUCGUGGUUGGAAUGUUCUUCAACAAUUUUAUUAUCGGCCUUGGUGACCACUUUAAAUGCCCAGUUAUGGGAAUAUUUUCUGGUGGUGUUACAGAGGUUAUUAACAGUAUGACAGGGAAUCCAUCAGCAGUCGCAUCUGCGCCACAUUUUUUCCUUGGGAAAGUUAAGGAAAUGGAUUUCAUGACUCGUGUAAAGACCUUCCUUUUUAACGGAUUUGAGAAGCUUAUGUGGCAAUAUGUUAAUUAUAAGGAGAAACAAUUUUACAUAUCUAAUUUCCCCAGCCCAAAGUACAAAUCAUACGAAGAGAUGCAGAAAAAUAUGAGUCUCUUCUUUGUAAAUGAUCAUUUUAGUGUAGGCUCACCUCGUCCAUUAGUACCAGCUGUGGUUGAAGUUGGAGGAAUUCACAUUAAAAAUAAGCCUGAUCCUUUACCACAGAGAAUUCAAGAAUUCAUAGAUGGAGCUGAACACGGUGUCGUUUUCUUCAGUUUAGGAUCAAAUGUUAAGAGUAGUUUCUUGCCUCAAGAAAAGCUCGAUGCUAUCUUGAAGACCUUUUCUAAACUUAAACAGAGAGUACUUUUCAAAUGGGAAACUGAUAGCUUGCCCAAUCAGCCUGAAAAUGUCAUGACUCAGAAGUGGAUGCCUCAAUCUGAUAUUUUGGCUCAUAAAAAUGUCCGUGUAUUUGUUGCUCAUGGUGGACUUGGAGGCAUCACAGAAGCAAAAUUCCAUGGAGUACCUAUUGUAGGAAUUCCGUUCUUUGCUGAUCAAAUGACAAAUUUAGCAACGGCUUCACGAGAAGGUUGGGCCGUAGUUAUGCAACUCGAUGAUCUUACAGAAGAAACUUUCAGUCGAGCAAUCAAGGAAGUUUUAGACAAUCCAAGUUACAAGAAUGUUGUCCAGGGUAUUUCCACUCUAUUUCGUGACCGUCCCCAGACAGCGCUCGAAACUGCGAUAUACUGGACAGAGUACGUGAUACGACACAGAGGAGCACCUCAUCUACAAAGCCAUGCAGUUCAUCUUAACUUCUUCCAACAGAAUUCUUUAGAUGUUAUUGCCUUCUUUGCCAUAGUAAUUUUCAUUAUUUUCAAGGUUUGCGCCUUGGCAUUGUGCUUUUGCUGUAGAAAGAUCACAAAGUCCAAAGGAUCAUCAAGUAAAAAAUCAAAGAGAGAAUAACUUUUUAUAACGAAAAUUUUGCUCCAAAAAUAGGAGUACUUCCUCAAUUGUCUUAGCUAUAUAAUGUGAAGUAAAUAGAAA